AUGUGGUUUAGCUGCUGUAGAUUGAUCAGGUCUACGUCAUCCAGGUUUACUGCUGCUGGGUUUCAAGAUGUCUUCAUUAACAACUGUGAUGUUUCCGGAAGAUUUAUUAUUGGGAGGGCGAUGGCAACAAACAGGAGCGGAGCGGCACAAAGGCCAAAUGGAGCUCCACAGACCAAGGUGUGCCAGUUCAAACUGGUACUUCUGGGCGAGUCAGCAGUGGGCAAGUCGUCGCUAGUCCUGCGCUUUGUGAAGGGCCAGUUCCACGAAUACCAGGAGAGUACGAUCGGCGCCGCGUUCCUCACGCAGACUGUUUGCCUUGAUGACAUCACUGUUAAAUUUGAGAUUUGGGAUACAGCGGGACAGGAGAGGUAA